AUGGUAAACCCGCGGGUGAUGACGGCUCAUCAACCUCCUCCUCCAAAUGAGGCGGAUUUUGCUGCUGAACCACUGCCCAAUGAUGGGGCAGAUGACUUUGCUGACCCGCCGGAUGAUGACGGGCUUCCUACUCCACCAAAGCUUACGGACCAGCAGCGUCAGUGGAAUGCGACAUUUCACUCUCUUCUGCCGACAGAUCUCGAGGGCCUGUCGGCUCUCUCCCAAGAAAUUGCUACCGCUGCUGCCGAACGCAAAGACGCAGCCCCGCCAGACCAAUCCCGAGAUGCCGUGCCCACUCAGCGGGGUACACGUCGAGCCCCACCUCGACGUCAACAGUACAACCCUCAAGAUGCUUCAGAAAUUCAAAAGCUCUACCGGAUUGACAGAAAUAAGGCGAUGACUCACAUUCUCGCCGAACCAUCUCCCUAUUGUGCGGCAGAUCCAGCUGCGAUCGAGGCCCACCUCUCAACAAUUUUUUCCGGAACUGACCAUCCAUGGUCAGACCCGCCGCCUUGCGUGCCGGAAUUCACCCAGACAACUACACCCGAAGAACUGACCUUCCUUACUGCGCCCAUUACACCGCGAGAAGUAGCGAACCGUCUCCAGCGGAUGAAAAACACAGCACCUGGACCAGAUUGCGCCCGAUAUGCUGGUCUACGACGGGCUGACCCAGGCUGUCAUACGCUGGCCCUUAUAUAUUCCCGCUGUCUUGCCCAGGCCCAAGUUCCCCUGGCAUGGAAAGAAUCCACUACGGUCCUCAUCUACAAAGCUGGCGACCGGGACAACUUGAACAACUGGCGACCGUUAUCACUCGGGAAUACGAUUGCCAAACUUUAUUCUGGAGUCUUGGCUGAUCGUGUCUCACGGUGGGCGGAAGAUGGAAAACGGAUUUCCCCCCAACAAAAAGGCUUUACUCGCCACGACGGCUGCCUUGAACAUAACUUCAUUCUUCAAUCUGCAAUCAACCAAGCCCGGCGCACUGGCCAAGAACUUUGUGUGGCGUGGUUGGAUUUGGCCAACCCCUUCCCAUCGGUACCUCAUAACCACAUUUUUGGUACUCUCUCUCUUCUAGGGCUUCCUGCUGAAUUGAUUGCUGUCAUUCGUGAUCUCUACACGGAUACUACAACACGGGGGAUGACAUCUACCGGUUUGACGGCCCCAAUCCCUCUAUCUGCUGGAGUCAAACAGGGUUGCCCACUGAGCCCUGUCGUCUUCGAUCUUGCAAUGGAGCCCAUCAUCCGGGCCGUAGUGGCGCUUAAACCGCUCUCCUUCAAGCUCGGCCUUAUUGACCAGUCGACUCUGGCUUUUGCGGACGAUCUAUCUCUCCUGGCCAAAAACGAUGUUGCUCUUCAACGGCAACUUGAUGUUGCAUCCGAAACGGCAGACUGGUGUGGCCUCACUUUCAAGCCUUCAAAAUGUGCCACUCUUCAUAUCCUCAACCGUGAAACGGUUGAUUCUGUCUUCACCAUCGACGAAAACCCUCUGGCGGUGCUGGGAGAAGGUCAACACUACCGCCACCUAGGUGUCCCUACUGGAUUCCGCAACAAACAAACUCCGGAAGAAUCUCUUGCCAAAAUUGGGACCGACCUGGAUCUUUUAGACGCCAGUCUACUCGCCCCUUGGCAGAAAAUCGACGCCGUUGUCACGUUCCUAGUGCCCCGCCUCGAUUUUAUCCUCCGCGGUGCUGACGUGAGAGUUAAGCCUCUGUCUAAAUUAGACAAAACCAUGAAGAAAUGCGUCAAAAAAUGGAUGAAUCUUCCGCAACGGGCUAGUGCAGAAGUUGUUUUUAUUCCCAGCCCACUAGGUGGAGCUGGUAUCUUUCCCUUUAGUGAUAUGCGCAACGUCUGUGCCGUAACUCACGGAUAUAGGCUACUCACUUGCCCCGAUGACUCCGUCCGCGAAACGGCAUGGGAAACUUUAAAAACCGCGGUGCAGCUGAAAAUUCGCCAUGUGCCGACUAUGGAUGAUGUUGCGUCAUAUCUUAAUGGCGCCACUGAUGGUGAAAUGGCCAAAACUAACGGGGAUGUCCCAUCUCUAUGGUCACGUGUUCGCAUCUGUACUCGUGCUCUUCGCCGUACCGCCGACAUCCAGUGGUGGUGGUGCGCCACCCGUGGCGAAAUGCAACUCAUCGUUCCCCGCCCAGACAAGGAGCCGAAUCAAGCACGAGCCCACCCAGCGGCCCGUCGUCAAGUAUGCAGCCUCCUUAAAACGGCCCUUCGAGCUGCCUAUCUGCAGCGCCUACUCAAAAAACCUGAUCAGGGAAAAGUGUAUUCCGUGACCAGUCUCAGAAGUGAAUCCAAUCACAUGAUGAAAUCUGGCCUCUACACCCGCUUCGCUGAUUGGCGUUUCCUUCAUCGAGCUCGACUGGAUACCAUGCCCCUCAACGGAACGCGUCGGUUUGGCAACGGCAGCAAACGCUGCCGUCGUUGCAACAACAUACUGGAAUCCCUUCCACAUGUCUUAAGCCAUUGCAAAUAUGUCAGCCGACCACGAGCCCUUCGACACCAUGCCACUGUCCAUCGCCUUGCUAAAGGCACACCGGCCAUUGCCGGCACUACCAGUGAGGAUCGGAAAAUUCCUGGCACCAGCUGUCAGCUCCGUCCUGACCUUGUGGUGACUAACGCACUCACGCGUUCCAUUUCAAUCAUCGACGUCGCAUAUGUCUUCGAAAACAAAUACGAAGCCUUCCAACUGGCCAGAUCAGGCAAAAUUCAAAAGUAUUCCCUUCUGGCUGAUGAGCUUCGUUCCCAAGGCUGGGAUGUCUAUCUCAACGCUUUCAUCGUUGGGGACCUUGGUGGAUGGGACCCCGAUAAUGAAACGGUCAUCCGCCAGCUCCGGAUUAGUAAAAGCUGCGCCAAGCUAAUGAAGAAGCUUAUCAUCAGCGACACUAUCCGGUGGUCGCGGGACAUCUAUGUUGAAUUCAUCAGUGGCAAGCGGCAAUACCAGGAAGUGGCUCCAACCAACCCAAUCCCGGCGCAUCCGCGCUGCGAUCCUGCUCGGAUUGAACAACCUGGCGAAGAAUAA